GCGGUGUGACGGGCGGUGCCGCCCGGUCGUUCGCUUCCCUGGGCCGCCGCGGGCCGCUGCCGCCCUCCCCCGGCGCCGCGGCGGGCGGGAGGAUGGAGCAGGGGCUGUCCGCCAUCACCCUCUACUGCGCGCCCGCCGCCAGCCCCGCGGCCGCCGCCUGCGCCAUGGAGCCCGAGCAGCAACUUGCAAAUGGAGAUAGAGGCUUUGAGAAUGUGGAGCUGGGUGUCAUAGGAAAGAAGAAGAAAGUUCCAAGGAGGGUUAUUCACUUUGCAAGUGGAGAAACAAUGGAAGAAUAUAGCACAGAUGAAGAGGAAGAUGAACAAGAGAAAAAAGACCUGUUGCCUCCUGUAGAUCCUACAACACUCACGUGGGGACCUUACCUAUGGUUUCAUAUGUUGAGAGUUGCCACGUCAACCUUAUCAGUGUGUGAUUUCCUUGGGGAAAAGAUUGCAUCUGUUUUGGGGAUAAGCACUCCAAAAUACCAGUACGCCAUCGAUGAGUAUUACAGAAUGAAGAAAGAGGAAGAAGAGGAGGAACAGGAAAACAGGAUGUCAGAAGAAGCAGAAAGACAGCAUCAGGAGCAGCAGAACAAACUACAGGCAGAGGCUCCUGUCCAAACAGACCAGCCUGAAGCAACAAGUACUUCUUUUGUGAAUGUAAACUUCGAAAAUGAGGGAGAUUGCCAGUCUGUUGUGGAAAAUAAACAAGAUGUAGUUUCUUAAGUAAGUGAAAAACUUUGUAUUCCGUAGGAAAUAGGAAGUGUCAGGUGUCACAGUCUGGCUACAAGCAGAAAAAUAGGAUGAUACUUGUUCAUUGUAAUACAACUUCAAGCAUUCUUAUUGAUCAGGAGAGAGCUAAGUGAUGUCUCUUCCUUCUGUCAGCCUAAUAAAGGCUGAGGCAUUCUGCCAAAUUGGCACUAAAGUUAAAAUGAAAAUUGUACUACAAACAUUUUGUCUAAAAUUGAAUUUCUUGUAAAGCAAGUAAGACAUUUAAAUUGUUGUCUGGCACUCUGGAUUGCAGAUGUGAAGCUCUUUUAAACACCUAUUUCUGAUUUGUACACUGUUUGCAACUUAGCUCUCUAUGAAUAGAUUAAUAGGAAUCAACAUCCUGUAACUCACAAGUCAUAGUAGCUUCUGACUUCCCCUGUUUGUUGUCACUACUGUGUGCAUGUAUCUUUCCGUUACUGACACAAGAGAUGUUAGAUUUAAUGUUAAUUAGAUUUAAGGGCCCAAUGAGACACUUUAUUAUUACUCUUAACUUUAAAGGGAGACUAUAAACACCCCUGAAUACGUAGGUACCAGUACCAGCACUGUUGGAAGCUGAUAGUGCUCAGCUGUUCCAUUUAGUGCUGUAAUCAAGCACAGAACUAGUGUCAGCAUAAGAUGCUGUCCCUCUAGAUCCAAGAAUUAAUAGCGAGCCACCUGUUCAAAUACUUAUUUACAUGCUCUGAAUUGGCAUGGAGAGUAAAUUGAGAUCUUGCUAAAUCGUAACGAAUGGGGUAGGCAUUGUGUAUAGUAACAACCUGUAACUACACCUUUGUUGUUUUUUUGUUUUUUCCCUUUUUGUCAUACGAUACCUGAAUCAGUGCACCUAAUUAACCUGAGCAGGCAGUUUGUUUAACGUUAUGAAUAAGGAAUGUGCUUGUGCAGGUAUCUUUUCCCCCCUUGUGCAGAAUUCAAAAAUAACUGGGAAUUAUAAAACCAGGCUGAAGUAUCUUCUUUUAAAUGAAAAAAAAAACCAAAAAACAAACAAGCUUGUUUUAGUAUUGAAACAAAACUCAUUCUUUUUAAAGUGAAAUUCAGAUUCACUCCAGUUUUUAACUACCCCCAAUUACCAAUUAAAGGGUUUUAUUGCAAUGACUGUGAUCCUAGUUCUAAGUUGCAAAAGGUGAAUGGUUUUCAUUGGGACAAUCAGGAGUCAUUGCUGUAGGCAGGAAAACAAGUAACCGUGUCCCAGUCACUUCCUUUGCAGAAUAUUUAUAGAUAAAAUUCAGAAAUUUUGAGAACCUUCAGUGAAGUUUUCUGUUGGAUGUCAUCAUACUUCCCCAGCCUUGUUCCCACUACCAGCUAACCAAGGAGCAUGCUGGAACAGCACAGGCCAGGAACCUUGGGAUUAGUUUGCAGAGCUCAGUUACAUACUUCAGACAGCUCUCUGAACUAGUAUCUUGUGUAACACAAAUUCUUUCUUCCCUCAUGUGCCCUUCUACACUACAGCAGAUCUUCUGAGAAAGAUUCAGUCAUCUGUUUUGAUCUGUUUGUUCUUUACCUUGUUUUGAAUGAUAAUACAGAGGGUGCUGACAGCUGUGUAAAAUCAUUCCACCCUGAACAUCUGCAAGGGAGAGCGUGGAUCAGUACCUGGGGAAUACAAAGAAAAAUAUUGGGAGUUCUUAUGGUGUGGCAAAGAUAAAGCCUCACUUAGCUCUACAAUGAAAACUUCAGAGCUGAAUGACGCUUUGUUUUUCUGCCAUGAAAUUAAUGUCGGUUGUGUUUGUUCUCUUCUGUCCCUACUGUCUGGUAUAUCAGAAAUAUUCUCAUUGCCUUGGGGUUAAACUUCUUUGUAAAAUAUGCUGUAUUACUCACCGUGCCUUAACUUAAUCCUUUCUUCAGUUUUUAUGUUUGUUUGUUUUCAAACUGUAUGGAAGUGGUUACUUUCAUAACGGUUUAAUUUUUCUGUAAGUGCAUUAAUUGGUUAUUUUAUAUUUAAUAUAAUUUUUGAACUGAAA